UGAGAACAUUUCUGUGUUGCAGACAUUGGAGAAGAAGCUGGGAGAUCUGUAGGAGUCCAGCAGCCAGCUUUACUGAGAGACAGGAGCCUUGGUUCUGCCAUGAAAGACUGCCCAUAUUGUGGAAAAACUUUCAGAACAUCACAUCACUUAAAGGUCCACUUGAGAAUACAUACAGGUGAGAAGCCUUACAAGUGUCCACAUUGUGAUUAUGCUGGCACUCAGUCUGCAUCCCUCAAAUACCACUUGGAACGGCACCAUCGUGAGCGACAAAAUGGAGCAGGACCACUCUCUGGGCAGACUGCAAGUCAGGAACACAAAGAUGAGACACCAAGUAAAAGUUCUGUCUUUAUUAGACCAGAUAUAUUGAGAGGAGCUUUCAAGGGGCUUCCUGGUAUUGAUUUCCGAAGUGGCAUGGUCUCACAGCAGUGGGCAUCAGGAAUGCUGUCUUCUGGAGAUCAGCAAGGACAAGCAGCUGGUAUGUCAUCUGAAGUACCUUCAGAAAAUGUGAAGGGUUCAGACAUAUCUUCCAAAGGAGCACACUUCUCUGAACUUGGCCGUGCUUACCAGAACAUUGUUGGGAAUGGUGUGAACUUCCAAGGGUCUUUGCAAGCUUUCAUGGACAGCUUUGUCUUAAGUUCUUUGAAGAAAGAAAAAGAAAUGAAGGAUAAAGCUCUCUCAGAUCAACUUUCAGCAAAAGCUCUGGGCUCAGAUGGUGGUGAGGAAAAGAUAAGCAGCAAGUCCUCACAGCGAAAACCAGAAAAGUCACAAUAUGAACCUCUUGACUUAUCCAUAAGGCCAGAUGCAGCCUCCCUCCCUGGUACAUCGGUCACUGUGCAAGACAAUAUUGCCUGGCACGGCUGCUUAUUUUGCUCUUUUACAACUUCAUCUAUGGAACUAAUGGCUCUGCACCUCCAGGCCAAUCACUUGGGCAAGGCUAAACGUAAAGAGAACAUCAUAGGGAACAACAAAGACCAAUCUAGAGAAGCUCCGGCCCCGAUUAAUAAAGUGAGCUUGCUCACUUCUUCUGUGCAGUCCAGCAAGGAGGCUGCAGUUUCAAACAUGCUGAGCCAGCUGGACUCAGCUUCUGAGAAAAUGACCCAAGGACAAAAUAAAGAGACCCUGGGAGAGCAAAAGAACACUGCCUGGCCCAGCCACAUGGAAUCCACUUUUUGUAAUUUUACAACAACAGACUUCUAUAAGCAGUUUGGUGUUUAUCCUGGUGUUAUUGGCACAGGAGCACAAAAUUCUUGCACCACUAAUGAAUCUGAAAUGAAAAAGCAAUCCGAAGAUGAUCCAAAUAUUCUGCUCUCUGACUCUGUAAAUAAAAAUGCUACUGAUGACCUUUCUGACAUAGCUUCAUCUGAGGAUAUGGAAUCUUCCAAGGAAGAAAACAUUGAAGAUGAAGACAUUGACACAGAACCAGAUAUUAUGAAUAAGCAGUUGUCUGCCCUAAAAAAAGAAAGCAGUGAAGGAGGCGAUAACAUACAAAGUGCAGUCACCUCACAACCAACACAAGGGCUCGUAUCACCACUGCCGCAAGCUUCAGAAAAGCAGUGGCACAGUCAGAAUCUUCUAUCCUCCCAUGAAACUGCACAAGGAGUGAUGAAACCUGAGCAAGUUCAGGGUCCACAGGUCCUGGAGAAGCAGAUGAACAUGUUGUCAGUCCUAAGAGCUUACAGCUCUGAUGGCUUAGCAGCCUUUAAUGGACUUGCAAGUAGCACAGCAGCUAGUGGAUGUAUCAAGAGACCUGACUUGUGUGGUAAGUUUUAGACCUUCUUUUAGACCAUUUCAGAAAACACUUGUGCAGAAUCAUGAAGCUGCUCUUUAAAUCUACUUAGUCAUGUUUGUUAGUAAUACAUUUUUUUAAAUGUUAAAUGCUGUGGGCCAAAUUCUAGUCUUAUAUGUGGUCUACUCCAUUGAAAUCAGCAGUGCUGCAUGCAUUUACUUAUACAAGAUUUUAGAAAGAACUUGCUUUUUAAACUAGAGUAUCAGCAAUAUAGACUAUCUGUGCUAGUGCAUAUGAAGGGGAUAUUUACUGCUUUAGCAUACUCAAAGGAGAAAAAAGUUUAUUUUCAUGGUAACUUGCAAACUUUUCAGUAUUUUGAUAUAAGUAAGAACCCACAAAAAAACACUGGACGCUUUGCCAAGCAAACCUUGCUUUUUCUUUCCCCCCCCCUUUUUUUAUUUCCUUUUUUCUUUGAAUUGGGGUGUGUUCAAUUACCACAAUAUUAACAAAAUCAAAGGCCAAGUGCACGAUAUGUGUCUACAUGUGGUGAAAAGCCUGUUUUGCUUUGGUUUGGAUUUCUCCUUUUUUUUUUUU